GGAAGUAAAGCCAAACCAUGACAUUUUGUGUCUCUUAUUUUCUAUGUGUCUCUUGUAGUCCUUUUGGUGUCUCAAGAGUAAAUAACAACCUGAAUGCCACUUGAAUAUAGGGUUUGCUUGUUUUAAUUCAGUCCUGGAAUUCAGGCAAUUCAAUGCAAUGACCCUACAUACUCCAAUACAGUAGGUGGCGAUAUGCACCUUAACCAUUGGUUCACAAUCCGCCAUAAAACAAAGCGAAGAAGAGAAGAGGCGGAUCACUUCCUUCUGGUCCAGCAUGGCCGCGCUGUAUGAAGGCUACACGUUGUGCGGACUUGUUCCAGCGCAAAAUCUGUCAAAUUCAAGUAUUCAAGGUAUCGAAGAGGGGAGAGACAGCGACCAUGUGGUUGUCACUGACUCAACCAGAUCUGUCAUGCUGUACAAGGUGUCAGACCAAAAGCUGCUGGGCAGCUGGACAGUCAAACAAGGACAAACUCUGACCUGUUCAGCAGUCUUCAACUCACAGACCAAGGAAUAUGUGGCAGUCUCAGACAACAAGGUGAUCAGAAUUUGGAAGGAAGAUGCCGUUCUCCUGGAUAAGACCUUUAAAGCAACUGUGACAUCAGAUGUCUGGAGAGUCCACUGUCAACAAGGGUGGGAGCCUGUGGUCUUGUUCCAGAGAGGAGCUGUGAGUCUGCUGGACUCUCUGCUUUCUGCUCCCCAGCAGCCCAUAAAGGAAAUCCUGGAUCAAGAAGAGGCUAUCAGGUGGAGCACCAGCAUAGUGGCUGAGACACAGCAGUUUGUCAUCUUCACAACUGAACAGAAAGGAGAUCAUUUCCUCUACCUGCAGAGACUGAAUCCAAACGGCCUACAGCGGUACCGGUUAGAGAGAGAGGAGCCUGGUCUCGCCCCACUCAGUUUCUCCGUCUCCUGCAGGGACAAACAGAUCUUCCUGCUUUAUCUCUACCCCAACGGUCACGUGUACCAGAGUGUAGUCUCUCUGCGGGGUCUCGGGGCUGACGAGGGGGCUCAUGCUCUUCCGCUGCCUCGUAGUCUGCUGUUGGUCCUACCUGUUGGCGUCGGCCUGCUAGAGGCCGCAUCAGCCCUGGUCCUGGAUGAGGCUCAUGUCGCUGUUGUUGGAGUUCCACACCCCUCUGCUGGAGCCAGUAAAGACUUUCUCUGCAUUUGGAAUACCAAUUUCCAGACACUUCAGGCAGGGAAAGAAAUGGCAGGGGAAACUUUUAAUCUGUGGAGGUAUUCCAACAAGUUAUUCAUUCCACAUGGGAAAACCCUCUCUGUCAUUCCAUACGAUUGCCCCAAAUCUUCCCUGGCCUCUGCUCUGGGGAAACUAAGGCAGGCCAAGACUGAAGAGUCCAAAGCUCCAGCUUCUAUACCAUCUUGGAAUAAUAUUCUGAAUGGAGAGAAAGCUCAGCCCCCUAGAACAGUGGAGCCCAAGAAGACGAGAACAACCCGGAGGACCCAGUCAACACCUAGUUUAACAACUGAUCAAGUUCUGGAGCUCAUCAAGACGGCACCAAUAGAAGAGGUCCAGAAAGAGGUGGAGGGGCUGGUCUCCAGGGCAGACACUCAAGACCUGCAGCCAUCAGUGGGGCAGUUAGCAUCAGCGCUUGUGUCCAGAAGCCUGGCUGAUCCAGCCUUCUACACUCCUGCCACCCUGGCACAGCUGGUGCACACACAAUGCCUCUGCCACAGUGUGUGUCCUGACCUUGUGCUCCUGGCCCUGGAGAGGAAGGAUUACUUUCUAUGUCAGCUCUGCUUGCACUUCUUCCCUGACAUCCCUGAAGCUGUCACCUGUGCCUGUCUCAAGACCUUUAUCAGUAUGUCAGACAUGGAUGCAGAGAAAGCGAGCCUGGAGCCUGACAGUGUCUGCUUCAUGAAAACACUCAUCUCAAAGGAGCGUGGACAGACAGGCUUGCAGAAUGGUUUCAGCCCCACCUCCUUCGAGGAGGACUGCUCAGAUGCCCUCAGUGGAGGUGGCACCGUCCUAAAGAGCGGAGCAGAAGACAAAGAGAAGACCUCAACUGCACCAGAACAGACGUGUCCAGUGGGAUUACACAAGGCUGUUCUGCUGAAUGAGGUCCUGCAGACAGCUUACAGUGACAUGUUCCUCCUCCCACAUCUAAAAGAUCUCUCCUCUCAUCAUGUUGUUCUUUUCCUCCAGUACCUCCAGUUCCUCUACCUAAAAUAUUCCCAGGAUGUUUUCCCACAGGUGCAUGGACUGAGAUCACCAAGUCUGACUCAGAUCAUGGAUUGGAUGUGCUUGGUGUUGGAUGCACAUUUCACAAUACUAGUGAUGACUCCAGAGGUCAAAGGCUUACUGCUGAACUUUUUUUUGUUAAAUCCCUUCUCGUGCCCUCAGGUGAGACUGGUUUCGGAGCUUGGAAAGAUCGAAGGCAGCCUCAAAGAGCUAAAUAAGAUGAAAGUGAAGAAGGAUGUCGGACAGUACUCCAUUGAAGUCAUUGAGCUGUUAUAGAAUGUGUACAGAAUACGUUUAUUAAAUCAUUGAGCAUAAUGUCUCCUUUAACUUUUUACCUGCACUGAUGCUACUAGCCAUCAACUCAAGUUGCAUGAAUUUUACAGUUUGAUGUUCAAUUAACCUGCGGACGAGUUUGAAUGGUGUUUUAAAAUUGUGUAAAACAAUGAAAAUUGGACCUUACAGUUUAAAGUUUUGCACUCUGAUUAUGCUCUGUGCAUAUGUCCAGCUCCUUAAUACUGGUUUUGUCAGCUACAUGGAAAAGCAUCCAUAAUCCAUAAUGAAUAUUUGCCUGUGACAAUGAAUGGCUGUUUUUGGAUACAUCCUUACACAACAGAGUAUUAAUAAAUCUCUGAGCCCUGACUUUGUAUAUGCUUCUUUUCCCCUUUGUUUUUCUGGUUUUCCGUUUAUGUGUAAAACAAUUCUACAGUGAGAAAAUUGUUAAUCCAUGUGUGA